AUGGGCCUAUUUCGAAGUGUAAGACCACUGUUAUCGACAUCUUCUGAUAAUACAAAACGUAUUCUUCUACUUUCUUCGUUACGUUCGGGUAGUGGUAAUGCAGCAACAGCUUCACGUAUAGCUUAUGAACUACAAAGAUCAACAAAAUAUUUGAUGGAUUGUGUGUCCGUUGAUACACCACAUACAGAAUGUGAUAAUUUAUCAACAUCUAUUCAUCGAUAUUCAGCUGUACUUGCUUUACAUGCCUAUCGAGCUGGACAUAUUUUAACACCAAUAUAUAAAGAUGAACAAAAGGAUCUUCCACCAUUAAUACUUAUAUUUGCUGGUACAGAUUUACAUUCAUGUGAAUCAAAAUGGAUUUCAACACUUGAAUAUAUUAUUCCACGUGCAAGUGGUCUUGUUUGUUUUAGUUAUGAAUGGAAAAAAUAUGUUGAAACAAUGUAUAAGAAUUAUCUAACAUGUAAAAUAACAGUUAUACCACAAAGUGUUCUUUUAUCACCAUUUAUUUUUGAACAUUUACCAAUAUCAAUGAAUAAGAAAACAAUUAUUUGGACAGGUGAAAUUCGUUCUGUUAAAGAUCCAAUAUUUGCUAUAGAAUUUUUAUCAUAUCUAAAUGAUAAUGAUUAUCAUCUUUUUCUUGUUGGUUAUGAAAAUGAUCAAAUAUUAAGUGAUUAUAUACGUUCAUCAUAUUCUCAAUUAAAUCUUACACUUAUUGGUGGUCAAUCUCAAAGUUUUGUUCAUACAUUAAUGAAAACAUCAUUUGCUUAUAUUAAUACAUCAAUCAAUGAAGGAAUGUGUUUAGCUUUGCUUGAAGCCAUGACACUUGGUGUACCAGUACUUGCACGUCGUAAUACAGGCAAUACAAGUGUUAUUAAACAUAGAAAAACAGGUUUUCUAUUUGAUACACCGGAUGAAGCUGCUCAAUAUCUGGUAGAAGUUGAUAAUUGUACUGAAUUAAGAAAUGAAUUAAUACGACAAGCAGAAAAAUAUGUUAAAAAAUAUCAUAAUAUUGCUAAUGAAACAAAAGCUUAUCGAAAUUUACUCGUUAAUUUAAUAAAAUAA